AGGAAAUUGCUGCGGGAGCCGCAUCCUCCCUGCGCUAGCGGCGCCAGAGGUGGAGACAGAGAGGGCGGAGGAGGCAGCGAAAGGUGCCGCAGAGAAAAAAGUGUCAAAGCCAGUAAGUACGGCUUUAGAAUACGGUGAAGGAUACUUUUCAUGGUGCAUGGAAGGAAAGCCAAUGCGCAGGUGUACCAACAUUCGACCAGGAGAGACUGGAAUGGAUGUAACAAGUCGCUGCACCCUUGGAGACCCCAACAAACUGCCAGAAGGGGUUCCUCAACCUGCUCGCAUGCCCUAUAUCUCAGACAAGCACCCUCGGCAAACCUUGGAAGUGAUCAACCUUCUGAGAAAGCACCGAGAGCUAUGUGAUGUGGUGCUAGUUGUGAGCGCUAAGAAGAUAUAUGCCCAUCGAGUCAUCUUGUCGGCCUGCAGUCCCUACUUCCGAGCAAUGUUUACAGGAGAAUUGGCCGAAAGCCGCCAGACAGAAGUAGUGAUCCGAGACAUAGAUGAGAGGGCUAUGGAACUACUGAUUGACUUCGCAUAUACCUCCCAGAUAACUGUGGAAGAAGGCAAUGUUCAGACCCUCUUGCCUGCUGCUUGCCUCCUCCAGCUGGCAGAAAUACAGGAAGCCUGCUGUGAAUUCUUAAAGAGACAAUUAGACCCUUCUAAUUGCCUGGGCAUUCGGGCUUUUGCUGACACGCAUUCUUGCCGUGAGUUACUAAGGAUUGCAGACAAGUUCACACAACAUAACUUUCAAGAGGUAAUGGAGAGUGAAGAAUUUAUGUUACUUCCAGCCAACCAACUUAUUGAUAUAAUAUCUAGUGAUGAGCUCAAUGUUCGGAGUGAAGAACAAGUGUUCAAUGCAGUGAUGGCCUGGGUCAAAUACAGUAUUCAGGAAAGGCGUCCUCAGUUACCCCAGGUGCUGCAGCAUGUUCGCCUGCCUUUGCUUAGUCCCAAGUUCCUGGUGGGCACCGUCGGCUCUGAUCCUCUCAUUAAAAGUGAUGAAGAAUGCAGAGACUUGGUAGAUGAGGCUAAAAACUACCUCCUAUUGCCUCAAGAACGACCACUAAUGCAAGGACCAAGGACAAGGCCACGGAAACCUAUUCGAUGUGGAGAAGUGCUCUUUGCAGUUGGUGGUUGGUGUAGUGGAGACGCCAUUUCCAGUGUUGAACGGUACGACCCACAGACCAAUGAGUGGCGAAUGGUGGCUUCCAUGAGUAAAAGACGGUGUGGAGUUGGAGUCAGUGUUCUUGAUGACCUGUUGUAUGCAGUAGGCGGCCAUGAUGGAUCCUCCUAUCUCAACAGUGUUGAAAGAUAUGACCCCAAAACAAACCAGUGGAGCAGUGAUGUGGCCCCUACAAGCACCUGCAGGACAAGUGUUGGUGUGGCAGUACUUGGAGGUUUUCUCUAUGCUGUGGGCGGACAGGAUGGUGUCUCUUGCCUCAAUAUUGUUGAGAGGUAUGAUCCAAAGGAGAACAAGUGGACUCGGGUGGCUUCUAUGAGUACUAGAAGACUAGGGGUUGCUGUGGCUGUGUUGGGAGGGUUCUUAUAUGCUGUAGGUGGCUCUGAUGGAACGUCUCCACUCAACACAGUGGAGCGCUACAAUCCUCAGGAAAACAGAUGGCACACCAUAGCCCCUAUGGGGACCCGAAGGAAACACCUAGGUUGUGCAGUGUACCAGGACAUGAUCUAUGCUGUAGGAGGGAGAGACGACACUACAGAGCUUAGCAGUGCUGAGAGAUACAACCCCAGAACUAACCAGUGGUCUCCCGUGGUGGCCAUGACGUCCCGCAGGAGUGGAGUUGGUCUGGCAGUGGUCAACGGACAGCUCAUGGCAGUGGGAGGUUUUGACGGCACUACAUACUUGAAGACCAUUGAAGUUUUCGACCCAGAUGCCAAUACUUGGAGGUUAUAUGGAGGGAUGAAUUAUCGUCGGCUAGGAGGUGGUGUAGGAGUUAUUAAAAUGACACACUGUGAAUCCCAUAUAUGGUGAACACAGGAAAAGGUCUUGCAUAUGCUCCUUUAUAUUUGGAAGAGCCUUGACUUUGAAGCUUUGUACAGCUCGAGAAAACAUUAGAACAAAUGUUAUUCUUUGCUGGUGCCUCAACAUACAGAACUACAAGUCUAACGACAGAACUCACCUGCAGACGCCACCUUUGCACAACACCUUUCUGCUCUCUGCAGAGAGCGUUUAUUUUGGGCUUUAAUUUAUCAUGGAGUUUUGAUGGUGAUUUGUUUUUGUUUUGUUGGUUGGGUUGUUUUGGGUUUUGGGGUUUUUUGUUUUGUUUUGUUUUUUAACUUAUCUUUUGUACCAGAGGGGGCAAAAAGGAGAAAAAAAUUCCAAGCUGCAAAAUUUACUUUGCUUUCUAGAUUUGGUUUCGUUUUUGAAAAUACUGAUAAGGGCAGAAGGGCUAUGGUUACUCCAAUUAGAUACUAUCCAUCUACAAAGAUUGCCAGUGAUAAAGACAGAUAUGCAAAGUAUACUCGCUAGUUACUAUUCUUGCACUAAAUAUUAGAGCACUCCGAAAUGUAAAGGGGACUGGAAACGGUCCGGCGAGAGUUGUGUGCUGCUUUUGCAGAGGACCCAAGUUCAGUUCGCAGCACCCACAUCUGGCAGCUUACAACUGUGUGUAACUCCAGCUAGGUCAGUGGUUCUCAACCUCCCUAAUGCUGCAAUACUUUAAUACAAUUAGUUCCUCAUGUUGUGGUGACCCCCAAGCAUAAAAUUAUUUUCAUUUGCUACUUCAUAACUGUAAUUUUUGCUACUGUUAUAAAUUGUAAUGUAAAUAUCCGAUAUGCAGGAUAUCUGAUAUACAACCCCUGUGAAAAGGUCAUUCCACCCCCCCCCACACACACACACACAUACUUACAGGGGUCAUGACUCACAGGUUGAGAACCGCUAAGCUAGGGGAUCCAGAACUCUCUUCUGGCCUCUGCAGGUACUUGCACUCCUGUGCAUUCAGUACACACACAAACACACAAGUACCCCACAAGUAUGAUUAAUUUAAAAUAAAAUUUCUUUUAAGUGUAAAAGAAAAAACAAGAAAACAUCUCGUUAAAUAGGACACUUCAGAAGGAAUAUUGAAUCCGUAAAAGCAGGACAAGCUACAGUUUUCAUUCACCAGAUAACGUUUACAUCUCUAACUGAACUUGCUUUCUACUCCAUUUCCCUUUCCGUCUUGUGACAUUUUCAUAGUUUCUGCCACAUGUACCUAGGUCUCUGCUCAGUGCCUCUUCUAAAAUCAGUGUGAGUCUCCUCCGUUGUCUUGAGAACUCCGGUAAAAUCAAGUGCAACUCUGAAAGAGUUUUUGUUCACAGAUGUCCCCCUGCAACUUUCUUUCCUGUCUUCUCAUUGUCAGUAGGGGCCACCGAGGAGAAGUGACCUCUCUUCAGCAGUGGAUUCUAUUUUUCAGUUUACACUGGCUGUUCCGGCCGGUGAAUCUGAGCUGACCUUCAGUAAAACGCUCUAAAUGGAAGCUGUCUCCAGUUCAUGUGAGCAGUACAAGUGAAGGGAUGUCAGGCCAGCCAAAGCAUCCAAUCCGAUCUGGAGUUUCAUGCUAAUCAUAUCUCAGUCUUUCAUCCUAUAAGGCCACCGUUACUGUGUCUCUUAAGUCGCACUUUCUGAUGAAAGGUUAACAUUUUUAAGGAAAUAAAUGAAAAUUUUAGUGCCUACAGUCCUCCCCCAUUGUAGUGAUAGACUGAUUUUUUUUUCAAUGUAUUUUGCGGAAAACCUUUGAAUGAGACUUAUCCACAACCAAAAGGAAUAACCUUGACCUUCUUCCUCUCCCCUACAACAAAAUGUUUGGCAACUUUUGUGUUUACAUUUAAACAUCAUUUGCACCUUUUUCAAGGAAAAAAUAAGUAUUUGGUAAACAAUUGUUUACAUGUAUCAUUUAUGCUUUUUUCUAGCAUGUAUAACUUUUUAAAAUAAAGGUAU